AUGGCGCUUCAAGCUUCUCCUAUCGUCCUGCCUGGACGGGUUACUGGCAGAGGGUACGGAUGGGUGGCAGCUGGGAGCACCAAUAGCAAGCAUCGAGUUGGCCAGAGCCAUCUCAGCGCAUUCCAUGACGCCCAACAGCACUUCUUGCACUCGAAGGGCAAGUGGCCCACAUGGCCAGCGGCACUGCUUGGCACGAGCCUGGCACUUUCUUACUCCAGACGCAGGUGCUUACCAUCUGGUGAGCGCAAGCCCUUUCGCACAUGCCUGGCUGCUGCACAGUACGGGGAUGAGUUCGUAGGUGAAGCAGUGGACACCGAAUUGGCAGAUUCUCUACGGCAGAGAACGCUUGAGUCUCUGGACUUGGACUAUGUCCUCCAAAAGCUGCAGGCAUUAUGUUACACCAGCAUGGCUGCAGAGAUGGCUGUGGACCCUGAGGAACUGAUGGCCAACUCGGCCGAAGAAGCACGAGCCUUGUAUGCCACCGUACUUGAGCUGACUCAGCUGGAGGAUGCUGACUUAGACUUGGAAGAGAAGCUCGACAUCCUUGAAGAGGUGGAGCAGUGCUCCCGUGGAGCGGUCCUUGAGAACCCCUCUCUCUGCAAAGUCUCCAGAUCCAUCGAAGCACUACUCCGACUUCGGAAUGGCUUGGAGGCUGCCAGCGUACGCGGUGUUCACAUCCCAUCUCUGAUGGCCCUUUGCCAGGAGAUUGAGUUGCCCGACAAGUUGCUGGAUGCCAUCUUGGAGGCUUUCGACGAGGAUGGGGAGCUCUCCGUGAAGAAGUUUCCGGAGUUGGCGGAGCUCCGCCUAAGGGUUAAGAAUCUGGAAGAUUCCUGCGCGCGGAUCAUGUCCGAAGUGACCACGAGUGGCAAGUACUCGGCUUACCUGUCGAAUGACGGCUACAUGCAGUUCGGGGGGUACUAUGUCCUGCUGGUAAAGCCGCGUUAUGCCGACAAGGUGGGCCGAAUCUUUGACGAAACGCGAAGUGGAAACACUGUUUACGUGGAGCCGCAUGAAGUCGUCGCAACCACAGAUGAGCUCAAUGAGUCACAGAAGGAGUUGAAGCUGCUGGUGCGUCGCAUUCUUGCUACGAUGUCCUUGGCGCUGUCCCAUGCUGCUGACGACAUUCGGCGGUGCUUGAGGGCUGCCGCUAACAUCGACUUGGCACGGGCGCGAUUAUUCCUCGGGGAGGAUAUGGAGGGUGAGGUGCCCAAGGUAGGAGAUGACGGGAUCAUCGAGGUGAGGCAGGCGCGAAAUCCCUGCCUCAUACUGCGCGGCGGCAAGCGAGUUGUUGGCUACCGCCUUGAGUUGGGGAAGUUCAGCCAGGGCCUUCUCCUCACAGGUCCGAAUGCUGGAGGGAAGACGGUGGUCUUGAAGACGAUGGGUCUCCUCGCCUUGCUUGCGAGGUGCGGCAUCCCGGUUCCAGCAGGAGAGUCGCCACGCGUUGACUUCUUUGAGGUCGUCCUGGCAGACGUGGGUGACAUGCAAACUAUUGUGGACGACUUGUCCACCUACUCGGCCCACUUGGUGGCAUCACGGAUCAUGCUGUCCAGCGUCCAGCCGGUCGGACCACGAGCCAUGGUACUGGUAGAUGAGGCCGGUACAGGAACAGAUCCGCAGCAAGGAGCAGCCUUGGCGCGCGCCAUGCUAGAGGCAUUUCUGGAGUCAGGUGCGCGGGUUGUUGCAACAACUCACUGCGUUCAGCUCAAGAACUGGGCCACGGAGGAUGAAAGGACAAUGACCGCCGCCAUGGAGUACAAGAGCGGGCGACCAACAUACCGUCUGUCGACGAAUAGUGUGGGAGAGUCUCAUGCCAUGGAAACAGCCGAGCGGUUGGGGCUUCCCCCGCAACUUGUAUCUCGUGCCGUGGAUCUGCUGGCGGAAGAUCAGAGAGAGCUCCUGGCACUGCAGCGCAAGGCCGCUGAGGCAGAGAAGGAGUUCGAGGCCGCCCGCGUCGAUGCCGAGAAGAGGGAGGCUAUGGCCCGCAAGGCCAUCAAUGAGGCGGAGGCAAAGGCCGGGGACAUCUCUCGGCGUGAGCGGGAGGUCGCUGAGAUGGAGGCCAAGCUGCAGGCCAGGAGUGUGGCAUUGCAAAAGCAGAUGCAAGCGGAGCUGCAAGCUCAGAUCGCUGUGAAGGAGAGACAGUUUCAGGAUGUCGUUCAGCGCCUGAAGCUUGAGACGCAGAAGCUGGGCUCGCGGUUUCGAAUUGUGGGCGAUGUGCUUGAGGAUCUGAAAGUAGAGGUGGACCAAGAAGCAGAGGCGAAAUACCAAGCCCAAAGCCACCUGCAGCCCGCAGUUCCCGGUGCCAUGGCCGCCCGGGAAAUCUUGAACCCAGGAGACUGGGUGGUGGUCUUAGCGGCCCCUCCAUGGCACGGCCUUAAGGGCCAAGUGGAACGAGUUCACCUGGCCAACGGGAAGCCUCCGCGUGUCUCCGUGCGCUUGGGCGCGAAUGGCAAGGUCAAGGAGUUCAUGAAGACAGAGCUUGGCAGGACAGCCAAGCCAGAAGGGGCACGCAAGAUGCCAAAACCCAAGGGGGAAGCCGCGGCUCCCACACGUGAUUACAGCACGCUGGGCUUUUGA